AUGGAGGGCAGGAGGGACAUGUCCCCAGGUGAGGAGUCCAGCAAGGACUUGGAUUCCAACUCCCAUCACUCACCUGGGGAGCCGUCUACCUCUGCCCUUGCUACUCCAGGGGGCGCUGCUGAGACGGAGGGGAAGGCCAGAGAGAAGGACAGUGAAGAGGAGUGGGACGGAGAGAAAGGUGAAGAGUGGCAGCUGAAAGUGCAGGACAGAGGUCGAGGGCUGAUUAAGGAGUCUCUCCUCAAGUUUGGAAACGAACUUGGGGAGGACUCCGUAAAGGACAAAAAGAAGAAAAAGAAGAAAAAGAAAAACAUCGCCCGGCGUCAGCCUGAGACCUCUGUCAGGGGGUCUGGAGAUUCCACAGAGGAGGGUGAGUGCUCAAAUGCUGAGUAUAUGUACAAUGAUGAUGUUCAGGCCUUGCAGAAGCCUGGGGCCAGGGAUACUAACCCUGCAGGUGGCAACACCUGUAUGCCCCAGAAACCUGCACAACCUGCCUCUGUGGAAGUAUCUGGGCCCCCCGCCGCCCUCCAUGGUGACAGGGAGACCAUCCCCGCCGGUACUAUGGCGUGUACCGGUGAUCCCAUGGAGGGGUCCUUCCCUUGCUCCCUUCCCACUCCCUCCCUUACCUGCCUUCCCUCUGACCUUCCUCUCCGUGUGGUUGCGUCCCCUGGAGUGGCUGGUACCUCUGCCUCCUGUCCUCAGGCGGCUGCUGGGCAGGAUGGCACUGGAUGGAGCAGUCUGGAGCAGGGUGAUGGCCCUCCUUUUCCCUCUGCUCCCUUGGAGCAAGCUCGACUGCUCUCCCCUACCAGCAAGUCUCCUCCCCUGUUUGUCCCCCAGUCUGUUUCCCUGGAUGUGUCCAAGUUUGUCUUCCAGUCUGUUCCCCCUGCUUCCCUAUGUGUUCCCCUUAUGUCUGCAUGUGUAACCAGUCCCCCUGUUGUUCCUGUUGUUCCUUCCGGGUGCCGCGGGUGCCGCUGGCGCUAUGGAAGACAGGACUGCAGGGGACUCCCAUCAUCCUCAGCCAGCAGUCCAUACUGA